CUGCCACCCCCUCCCCUGAGCUGGGUGAACCCGUCAAUACCCUCUCCCUCUUUCCCUCCCCUGCGCCUCAAUCGGGGAUGGCUCCGUGGCCCCAUGAGAACAGUUCUUUGCCCGAGUGGCCAGACCACCCAACGGUGGCGUCCGCUGUCACCAACACUAGUGGGCUGUCCGUGGAGCCUUGGGCAGCAGCGGUGGCGGGGGCGCUUUUGGCUCUGGGUGUGUUAGCGACUGUGGGAGGCAACCUGCUAGUCAUCGUGGCCAUCGCCCGGACCCCGCGGCUCCAGACCAUGACAAACGUGUUCGUUACUUCACUGGCAGCGGCUGACCUGGUGGUGGGGCUCCUCGUGGUGCCCCCGGGGGCCACCUUGGCGCUGACGGGACACUGGCCAUUCGGCGCCACGGUUUGCGAACUGUGGACCUCUAUUGAUGUGCUGUGUGUGACGGCCAGCAUUGAGACUCUUUGCGCCCUAGCCGUGGACCGCUACCUGGCAGUGACCAAUCCACUACGCUACGGCGCCCUGGUCACCAAGCCCCGUGCCAGAACAGCUGUUGUCUUGGUGUGGGUAGUGUCCACCGCAGUGUCUUUUGCACCCAUCAUGAGCCAGUGGUGGCGCGUAGGAGCUGACGCCGAGGCACAGAGUUGUCACUCCAAUCCGUUCUGCUGCGCCUUCGCCUCCAAUUUGCCCUACGCUCUGCUCUCCUCCACUGUCUCCUUCUAUCUUCCCCUGCUCGUCAUGCUCUUUGUCUACGCACGGGUCUUUGCCGUGGCUACUCGCCAGCUGCGCCAGCUGCGUCGGGAGCUUGGUCGCUUUCCUCCAGAAGAGCCCCCUGCUUCCCCAUUGCCCCCUUCCCAAGAAAGGCCCUGCCCCCCUCCUGGGGGAGUCCAGUCCGGCGGCCGCCGACCAGCACGCCUGCUGCCCCUUAGGGAGCACCGGGCCCUGCGUACCCUGGGUCUCAUCAUGGGCACCUUCACCCUCUGCUGGCUGCCCUUCUUCGUGGCCAAUGUGGUGCGCGCCCUCGGGGGGCCUACGCUGGUUCCCAGUUCGGCACUCCUCGCCCUCAACUGGCUUGGCUAUGCCAACUCUACCUUCAACCCACUGAUAUACUGCCGCAGCCCUGACUUUCGCAGCGCCUUUCGCCGCCUGCUGUGUCGCUGCGACCGCCGCCUGUACGCUCGGCCGCGCUCACCAUGUCCCCGUCGUUGCCUCCCUCGAACUCCUGAAGCCUCCCCAGACCCAACUGCUGGAGUCGCGGGCGCUGUCAAGGCUGCCCACAGUCAGGGGAUAGAAGAUGGGACCGAGGUCACGGGGCAAGGCGGCAGGGGACGCUCUCUGUGGGAGGGACAGCGGGAGGUAACCCAGACUGUACAAAGCCCACAGCUUGAGGGACCCAAGAUGUCUAUGCCUUUCAGGACUUCCAGGAGUUCCUGGCCUUGGGUAGCAGCUGACAGAAGCGACAAUCUCAUUGACCCAGACCCCUUGGAACAUCCUGGGAACUCAGUCAGAUUGUGUCCUGAGACGGGGGUCUCCAAUCCAAACCCUCCGUGGAGCGGUGAGACUGUCACAGCUACGCCCUUGCCUUCGACCCUGUGCCCUCCAGGACCAGCUGUCUAUUGCUAUGAUAAGGAGCUAAGGAGCCUAUUGGUUGAGAGCGAGUAGAUUGAGAUCUUCCUAGCUCCUUCCAGAUGUUGUUACAAAGAAAAUGGAGUCAGCUGCCAAAGCACUGGGCUAAACGGAAUAACCUAUCACUACCUCAGCAAGUGGGUGUAUCCUUUCUGCCUGCCCUCAUUAGUCCCAGGAGCAGAAGGGAUAAGCAACGUCUAGGGGCACCCUAUCUCUCACAGUUGGUGCUGCAUGAACAGGUCUCAGGGCAAAGAGAGCAUCCCUGUUCCAUUCCUUCAGUUUCCUAGAUCAGGGGAUCAUGGCAACUCAGAGGACCUUUUGCAGUUUUCAAGCCUUUAGUAAUAUCCCUAGAUGCUGCUGCCCAGUGGUAAGAGUAGGGGAUAGGAGAAAUCCGGAAGUCUGGAUUUUGUUCCUAGCUUCCUCAUUUCACCACUAAGCCUCAUUUACCCUCAUUUUGGGAUGGGGGCAGAACAGUUAUAUCUACCUCACAAUACUGUCAGAGGGACUCCUAUAUUUUGUGUGGGUGGGGGGAGAUGGUACCCCCUUGAAAGUUUCUACAAACUCCUGGUGUUUAUAGA